GAAAUAUACGUUAACUUUUAAAACACUCUAUCAAUACAACUAAGUAUUUUUAUAUAUGUUGACCCCACCUUUUAAAUUUUCAAAAGCAUAAAAUUGUUUUGAAAUUCAAAAUCAAGUCCUAUAAAACUAUAUGGUUGUAGUGUGUUGUGAGCACUUAAUUUAAAAAAUAAAAUAAAAAGAAUGGAGCACUACUACUCCUCCUCCUCGUUUGGCCGAAUCAUUACAUUUGUAGUUGUGUUGGUGGUUUUACAAGGCGGCAGGGCGAAAGGUGGGACAAAGCUAAGGAAGAACGAGAGCAUAUUAGCAAUUCAGGCGUUUGGAGACUCAUUUCUUGAUACAGGCAAUAACAACCAUCUUAUUUCCAUAACCAAAUGUGAUUUUCCUCCGUACGGAAGAGAUUUCCUUGGUGGAAAACCCACUGGAAGAUUCACCGAUGGAAAAGUUUUCUCCGACCUCUUUGCGGAAGCAUUGGGAGUGAAGGAACUUUUGCCUUCAUACCAUGACAAAGAGUUGCAAAUGAAGGAUCUUGAAACAGGUUUAUGUUUUGCCUCAGGUGGCUCCGGAUAUGAUCCUUUAUCAUCCAAAAUUAAUCAAGUUAUCCCUUUGUCAGAUCAAAUAAAGCUCUUCAAAGAUUAUAAGAGAAAGCUGAAAAGAGGUGUUGGAGAAAGAAGAGCAAAAAACAUAAUCGAUAACAGUGUGUUUCUAAUAUCAUCUGGUAAUAAUGAUAUCUUAUUCAGCUAUUUCUCCACAAAUCUUAGACGAUUCCACUAUGAUGUUCCUUCCUACACUGACCUUUUGGUUAACUUUGCUUCACAGUUUUUCAGAGAAUUAUACGAUUUGGGUGCAAGAAAAUUCGUUGUUCUUAAUACAUCACCACUGGGAUGUUUGCCAUUUUCAAGAACAAUAGGUGGAGACAUUGUAAGAGAUUGUGCGAAUGAGUACAAUGAAGCAGUGAAAAUGUUCAACCAUAAACUCUCUUCUCAUUUAACUCUACUCACUCAACAACUUCCUCAUUCCACAAUGGUUUAUAUAGAUUUUUACAACCCUUUUCUUGAUAUCAUCCUACAACCUAUCACAUAUGGUUUUGAAGUAUCAAAAAAAGGGUGUUGUGGAACUGGAUUACUAGAGACAGCGAUACUUUGUAACAAGUUCAGUCCUGGAAAAACUUGUGCCGAUUCAUCUCAAUAUGUGUUUUGGGACUCACUUCAUCCCACAGAAUUAGCUUCUAAAGCAAUUGUUUCCAAACUCAUUCCACAACUCUAUCAUUAAUUAAUUAUGAAUUUAUUUCUUUUCAUUA